AUGUUGGGAGGAAUUAACAUGCAUACGGGGAGACCACGUGAUGCCCUCCGACCUCCCCCUUUUUUUUUUUUUUUUCCAUUUUUUUCCCCCAUCACUUUAACGGAUUCCUGCCAAAUCGGGCCGGGCAGGGCCGGGCUGGCACCGCCCAAGAUGCCCGCGGUCUCUGUGCUUUACAAGGGAGCCAUCAUCAUCAGCAGGACACUCAUGGGACCGUACGGGAUGGACCGAGCCGUGCACUGCUUCGACUUCUACGAGUGUGCAAACGGGCUGGGCAUCAAGGUCAUCGGGGGCAUCAAGGAGCUCACUGGAGAAGAAUAUGGAGUUUAUGUCAAGAGGAUCCUUCCAGGGGGUGUCGCUUAUGCAGAUGGGCGCCUGCAGCCAGGGGACCAGAUCCUGGAGGUCAAUGGAGAGUCCCUAAUUGGGGUUACAAGCGAGAGGGCCGUGGACAUCCUGAGGACAGCAUCAGCCACCAGCCACAUGCGGCUCCUGAUUGCCCGCGAUGACGAUGCCAGGAGAGAGUUCUCUGAGCUGCUGGAGAAGUUUGGCUCCCAGAGCAACACGGGCUCAGCGCGGAGCUCGCCGGUCCUGCACGGUGGCAGUCGAUAUCUGGAGAGCACCUCCUCGGGCUCGUCCUCGCGCUCGCAGAGCCCGCUGCUGCUGAGCCCGGCCAACUCGCACGGCCCCUUCCUGGGGAGCCUGGCGCACGCUCCUCACGCACACUACUCCAUUGACUCAGGAAUCCAGAGCAUUUCUGUAGCAAACUCCUCUGGCUUGGGGCUGACAAUCAGUGGUGGAUCCAACAGGCCUGACGGGCCCAUGAUUUAUGUCCAAGAGCUUUUGCCAGAUGGGGACUGUUACAAAGAUGGUCGGCUCCGACCUGGAGACCAACUCAUUGCUAUCAACAGAGAUUCUCUGGUGGGCAGCACACACGAGGAGGCCAGAAAAAUAAUUGAAAAAGCCAAAUUCAGACACGAGGGAAGCACAGAAGUGGCCUUUAUCCCUGGGAGGGGACGGUUACAUCCUGGCCUGUCAGUGCACAGCAACAGCCCAUCCCCACCUCCAAAGGCUGUGGGAAAUGGCCUGAGCUCCUGCAGGCUGAAGGUCCACGUGAGGUCCCCAGAGAAUAGACGUGAAAAUCCUUUUCCUGUGCCUUCUUUGUCUCCGGACAUUUGCCCACCAGAGCUCACAGUCUCAGCACCCGCUUCAGCUUCUAACUACAAAGCAGCUUCAGGCACCAAACCUAAAGUAGCCCUGGAUCCCCAUAUCCGGCUCAAGGAUGGAAAACUGGAACUGGUUCUGCAGUACCUUGGUCUGGAUGUGACCGAGGAGAAGAAGAGGCAGCUCCGGCAAAGCCUGACCACGGACUCGCAGGGGACUGUGGCCUAUGGAGAUGUUCUCCAAGCACUCAGGGAUCUGAUGCAGGAGGAGCUGGACGAGGCUGGUCUGGAUUCCAGCUCUGUGCUCUUCACUCAGCAUGAAGUGGCCAAUUUGCUGGAUACAUCAGCUUUUCACUCCCUGACCUUUGACUCUCUCAACAGCAAUGGCAGCGAGGACCUGGAGCAGCUGCAGCUGGAGAUGAGGGAUCUGCGGCACGAAGUCCGCAGGCUGAAGUCUCUCCUGAGAGAAGUGGAGAGCAGCAAGAAGUCGAUGGAGGAUGAGCUUCAGAGGCUGAACCAAAAGGCGCUGGGGUUCCUGUCGGAGAACAGGAGCCUGCACAGCAAACUGCAGAUGGCCGAGGUGGUGCAGAGACAGGCCCACAGUGCUGAGCAGGACUACGAGGAAGUGAUCCACCUGCUGGAGGCUGAAAUUGCAGAACUGAAGAUGCAGCUGGCAGGGAAAAAAGCAAAGCACGUCUCUGAAAUAGAGGAGGACAUCCUGGAGCUGAAGAGGCAGCUGUCCCUGGCUGAUGGCCAGCUACGAAAAUCCGAAGUGUCCCGGAAGCGCCUGGAGAUCUGCAAUAGGAAGCUGCUCCUGUUUGUGCAGAACAUUUACAAGGUCCUGAGCACACACAGUCAUGUACCAGAUGAGAAAAGCGUCAACCAUGAAACAGAAGAGGAUAAAACAGAUGCAGUCUCAGACACAUCUCUUCCACCUUCAGAUCUUGUUGACCUUUUGCUAUCAGAAGCUAAAGAACUGUUAGCACCAAUCCUCUCCAACAAGGACGCUCUGCCAUGGGACAGGGACCAGUGCCUGCCUGCUGAAGGAAUCCCAAAUUACAAGGACCACCUUCAUCAGAAGACCACGUGGCCCCCUCCUGCAGGCCAGACCAAGAGUGACCAACCACAGCCACCAAGCCCCACAGAACUGCCUAAGAAGUCAACAUAA